AUGGGUGUUUCACAUUCCACCCACUUGGGAUGGAAGAUCCGCAGCGCUCAGGUUGGUGUCAGCGACAGAAACAGCGUGACGCCUUGGGACCUUGUCGAGGAGUGCUGGAGGGAAGACCUGGAGCCCAUCAGCAAGCGAAGAUUGGCCGUCUUGGACCCGCUGGCGGUAGAGAUCGUUGAUUAUGACAAGGAGGAAGAGAUUGCAGGCGUCACCGAUCUUCCGGAGCAGUCUGCGGCCGACCCUAGCUGCACCCGCACUCUCAGUUUCUCCCGCAACGUAUUUAUUGACCGGUCUGACUACCAGGAGAAUCCGCCUGAAGGCUAUUUUCGCUUGGGAAAAAUCGGCAGCGAAGUCAAGCUGAGAUAUUCGUACGUCAUCAAGCUAGAAGAGGUCGUCAAGGAUGCUGCGGGUAAAGUUGUGAAGCUGAAAUGCAGUCAUGAUCCCAGCACCCGAGACAUCAUGCCUGCGGACCGGAAGCCCAAAGUCAUCCACUGGGUCAACGCCAAAGAUUGCUUGGAUGCCGAGGUCCGUUUGAUCAACCCUCUCUUUUUACCAAUCCCGGAUCCUCUGCCGGAGGGCAAGGACUGGGUCGAAUACAUGAAUCCCGAAGCCUGGGUUCAAUGCGCUGCCAAAGUCGAGAGAGCACUUGGCCAAUGCGUUUUAGAAGAUCGCUUCCAGUUCGAGCGCUGCGGCUACUUUGCGCCUGACUACGAUUGCUUUCUCACACCUCCCAAGCUUACCUUCAACCGGGUGGUGCCUUUGAAAGAGUCCUCAGACAAGAAGAAGCUCGAGGGACGAGGCGCAGCCAGCAGAAAAGAUGCUCAGGCAGCUGCAGCAGCUGAAAAGGAGCGACUGCAAAAGCUUCCACCCGAGGAAUAUUUCAAGCAAGAAAGAGGCUCGGAGUUUUCCGCAUACGACGAGACGGGCCUGCCCACGCACGACAGGGACGGCAAUGCGCUGCCGAAGAGCGCCGUUAAGAAGCUGGCCAAGGCAAGCCGGCGGAAAACGGCAGAGGGGUAUCUUGCCUCAAACCUGUCCUUGGCAAAUCGCUCCACCAUGUCUUCUGUUGGGCGCAUGGAUGGAGCAUUCUUUGUAUCCAGGACAGAGUUGCUUGCAUGGCUUAACAGCAGCUUUCAGCUCAGCCUGGACAAGGUGGAGCAAUGCGCGAAUGGCGCGGUGUACUGCCAGAUCAUUGAUGCGUGCCAUCCUGGAGCCGUUUCCAUGAAGAGGGUGAAUUGGAUGGCAAGGGACGAGCAUCAGUGCAUCCCUAACUACAAGGUGUUGCAGCAGGCUUUCAGCAAGGUAGGAAUCCAACGGCACAUAGAGGUUGACAAGUUGGUGCGUGGCAAGUAUCAGGACAAUUUGGAAAUGCUUCAGUGGAUAAAGAAUUACUUCGAACGCACCUUUCAAGGCGCUAGUUACAAUGCGGCAGCGCGCCGCUUCACCGACAACGUGCCGGACUGGGCGAGGCCAUCAGAGGGCUCCAGCGUUGCGCCACUCCGGCGGCCGCUGCCAGUGAGCAGCGGCAGUGUGAACGCGUUGGCCUCCAAGGCGCCGAAGCACGGUCGCCCUGUGGGAGGUGAUGGAUACCAGCGCAAUCAAGCUCCCAACGUGGCUCUUCUUCAGGAGGAGCACGAACGCAUCCGGGAAGAGGUGAUCGACUUGAAGAUAACAGUCGAUGGGUUGGAGACAGAGCGGGACUUCUACUUCCAAAAGCUCAGUCAGCUAGAGACUGAAGCUCAGGCAUGGGAAGAGAACCCUGACAGCAGCAUGACUGUCAACAAGUUUGUCGAGGAAGUGCAGAACAUUCUCUAUGCCAAGGACCAAAGCACGAUGACGAGAUUGGAGGCGGUAGUCCUGACGCGGUAUUGUCCGAGUGGCAAAGAGGAGUGGAGUACGGAUGAGCUUGGGCUGUCCGAGCAGAGCCCGGCCCCACCCCCUCCGGGCAAUUUAGUCCAAGCGGCUGGCUUCGUAGUUGGUUUGGACGAAUUCGAUGGUGGUGUCUCCAGAAGUUCGGUGGGAGUGCUUGAUCAGUCCAUGCUAGAGAUGCGGCUGGCAGGCGACUUUUACAAUGUGCCGGAGAAUGUUCCACGAGGGGUGCAGCUGGAGGAUCCGGGCAUGUUCCACACGCCAUUUCCAGGAGAGGAAGCUUCAUUCCGGCUUGACAGAAUGCCUUUUGAUUUUGACCACAAGUCUGGCUCCGUAGUGCAGAAGGUCCAGGAUUUUCCCGAGCUUUCUUUUCCCGCACACGUCACGCCAGCUCAGGAGCCUCCAGGUGGCUGCCUGAACACCUGCGUGGAACUCCGAGACGUCCACGCAAGCGAGGCCUUCACUUGCGCCUUCAACUUUUUCAAGACGAAGGCAUCAGCAUCCUUCUCCAAAGUCAGAGAGCAGAAAUUGGCCAUGAAGGCAACUGUGUUCCACACAAGCUGCAGCGGAGUGCUCGUCAGCUGUUUGCUGAAGGCGCGUCUCUUCUCAGCAGCAGAAGAUCCUUCGAAGCUCCUCUUCGAGUGCACCGCGCAAGCUUUCAAAGGGCUCAAGUUGGUCGAGCUUCAUGAUAGUUUUGGGGGCUACCUGAAACACUUCAUGGCGCACUAUGGCCACUUCUUCAGGGAGAAGCAGGAAACGCACUUGUUUGUCUAUAGCAAGCUUCACCAGGAGUUUAAAGACAACUUGGAGAAGGCCGUCGCAGAAUGGUUGGCUGCGAAAGGCUUGACUGAGUGGCACCUGGAGGCCAUGCUGGAGUAUGCGAAGGAGACAUCAGACGUGGAAACCUCUGGAAUCGUUGCAGCCAUGCUGAGGCUUCUCGAGUACCACACAUGGAUCGAAUACAUUUUUGGACUCAAAGAAAGUCCCGAGAUCCAAGAGCUUCUGUCGGAGCAGUGGAGUCAACCCGGAUGGGAGCGUAUUGGAGACAGUGAAGUUGAUUGGUCGGUGAAACAAUGGGAGGCAUGGACUGACGAAGAGUGGCAUGCCUGGUGGGCAUCCCGCCAGCAGUGGUCUGACGAGGAGUGGGAGGAAUGGUGGCAGGGUCAGAGUCAUUGGAGGGACGAUUGGUGGGAUGGGAAGUCUGACCAGUGGGCAGACAAGACUUGGACCUCCGGGGGUUAUGGAGGUGAAGCAGGUCCAGGUGCUGGCUAUGGAAUACCCACAGCUCCCGCGGCACCAGUGGAUCAGUUCCGACGCUGCAGCGGCGAUGCACUUGCCUUCGCACAUGCUUUCGAGGAGGCGUCCAAACACUUGCGGUCCAAGCUCAUGGCGGACACCGACGUGAGCCGUGACAGCGACGCGAUUCACGACAGGAUCCCUGGCACAGGUGAGGAGCACAGUCAAAUUCAACCCCUCGUUGAUAUGGUUGCUGCUGGCAGUCCGUCCACCUUGGAGGCUGAAGCAGUCGCAGCCCUGGCAGCCUUGGCACUGAGCGCUGACCCAGCAGGGACCACAGCCUUGCUGGCUGCGCUCCGAGAUGUGCAGAAGACCCUUGUCGAGCUUUGCGUGAACAGCAGAACCUCUAUCGACACAGCGUACCCGGCGGCGAGACUUGUCUCCAAGCUGGUGUGCAAAUCGGAUGUAGAUGCGGAGGCUCAACAGAUCGCAUGUGACCUGACCCGAGCAGUGUGCGGAGCCACACAUCUUGAUUCCUUGGUGCGUGGGGAGCUCGCGGAGGCAGUUCGAGCCGUUGCUAGGAAACGCACUAUGCAGCUCCCCAUGCACAGUGGUCUAGAUGAGCACCAGUUGGCACAGGCCUUACAAACACUGGAGGAGCCUGGGCACUUCAUGAAGCUGCAAGAUGGGGUGAUGGCGUAA